AGAGAUCGAGAGAGAGGAUGGAUGAUAGACAUGAAGUGUCCCGCUAAGACCACAUAGACAGACAAACAUACAGAGAGAGAGGAUGAUGGCUUCUUCUUCUUCCUCUCAUCUCUCAGCCAUCCCCCUACGCCUCUCCAAAUCCUCCCAUCCAUCCCACUUCAAUUCGAAGUCAGUUGGGUUUCAUGCAAGAGCGAAUCUUGAGAAUGAGAGCAGCAGUCCAGGGGACGCAGAAAACUCAUCUAAACAUUCAAAGGAACCUCAAGUUUCAAUCUCUCGGCGAUUGUGUCUCACAUGUCUAUGUUCAACCGCUGCUUUGAUAAGCAAUUCUGCAACCACUUCUGCUCCAAAGGCACUUGCACUGGAUGGAAACGACAGACCUGGUUGCCGGAAUUGUGGGGGAAGUGGCGCUGUGCUUUGUGAUAUGUGUGGUGGUACAGGAAAAUGGAAAGCUCUCAACAGAAAACGGGCUAAAGACGUGUACGAGUUCACGGAAUGUCCAAACUGUUACGGACGGGGGAAACUCGUAUGUCCGGUGUGUUUAGGGACUGGUGUACCGAACAACAAAGGUCUUCUCCGCAGGCCUGAUGCCCGGCAGUUGCUCGAUAAGAUGUACAAUGGCCGGCUUUUGCCAAAUUCAUAAGAGAGUUGUUCUGCAUCACCGUGACCUCCACACGAAAGAGUUGAUUUCCAGCAUUGUGACCGUUCGAUUUUCACUAUAUACGCUUAACGGAUGUGUAUUUGAUUACAUCACAAUAUAUAUAUAUAACAGAUCCUGCAGUUGCAGAUCGUUUAUUCUGCA